GGAAGUAGAGACAACUUGCACAACAUAUGGUGCAGAGUGAGAAACGUUGUAGACGACCAGUCUGCAUCCUGGUUCAGUCCCUUGUUUCCAAAAGAUUAGAAGUUAAAGUCAAUACUUGUUGUUACCUAGCCUGGUGUUCAGCAUCAAGGGAUAAAGCAAGGAAGCAUAUGCUUGAAUCAAGUACAUAAUGUGUGUGAAGAUGUCACAAGUUGAGGAAACAUUUAACUUGUGUUGGUGAUUUAAUAGCCUGACAAAGAUGGCACAGCAUAGUGCUGAAAGUCUUCCUAUAGAUAUUCACUAUAACAAGCUGCUUGACUGGCUCAUCAGUCGGCGUCACUGCAGCAAGGAGUGGCAGGGUGCGACUGUCGCCAUCAGGGAGAAGAUCAACUCAGCCAUACAGGAUAUGCCAGAAGUGGAGGAGAUAUCGGCACUGCUUGAAGGAACUUAUAUCAACUAUUUCCAUUGUUUGACAAUCCUGGGACUUUUGAAGGAAACAGAAUCAGGAAAGAAGAAUAUCUUUGGUCAAUAUUCUUCCCAACGAAUGAAGGACUGGGCUGAAAUAGUGAAGCUGUUUGAAAAAGAUGGGGUAUAUCUUGGGGAGGUGGCACAGAUGAUAUCCCGGAAUGUUAAUUAUGAAAUUCCUGCGCUGAAGAAACAAAUAGCAAAAUGUCAACAAAUUCAGAAGGAUUGUACCAGGAAGGAGGCUGAUUACAGUAGCAACCAAUCAGAACUGAGGCGGAAGUAUGAUGCGUCCUGUAAACAGAUGGGGAUAGAGGGAAAGAAGAUAAAGUCAGAGUUAGCUGCCCUUGUUAGAGAUCUUCCCACAGAAUAUCAGAAAAUGGCAAAGACAACAAAGUCUCUUCAAUCGGCUGUAGAUUAUUAUCUAAACUUUGUAUCAUAUGUUAUGAAAAGCAACAAGUUUGAAUCUGAAUCCCUCCAGUUUCUGAAGUUUGUCGUAUCUCAUGGUGAUGUGACGACGUACCAGUGGCGUACAGGAAGUGCUCCUGACAGGGUUGAAGACACAAAUAUACAGAUUGACACAACUGAUGAACAGGAAGUUGUUGAGGAGGCAGGAGAUAUUGACUGGGGAGGCGAAGAAGAGCAGAUAGACUUUGGUGAUGAUAUAAACCUUGACAUCACUGACAUCACCGUGGAAAGCGGCGGAGCAGAAACUGAGCUCAAGGGGGAUGAUGAUAAUGGUAUUGACUACGGUGACUUGGUUGACGAAGGAGCUAAGGACGCCACAGUGGAUACUGCAGGUGAUGGUGUAGCAAGAGGGAAAGAUGCCCUGUCUGUUCUGGACAACCCUGACACAAGGAACGAAUUUAUCAACGACCUGUUAGAGUUGGAAGCCUUCCUCACUCAGAGGUUGUCAGACAUGGGGUCGGAGGAGGAUGUGUUAGCUGGGAGUCAGUUCCAGUCUGCGCCGUCUGCCAUACAGAUUGAUGCUUCCAAGGUCAAGGACAUGUUGAAUAAUGUCAAAGCCAUAUUGGAGAAGUUGACCUCUGUACAGAUGCAGCACCUGUUGUUGAUUAGGAAUUCUCCCAGAUAUGUGGAGAGACUGAAGGACUCGCUGAAGCAGACCCUCACCCUGGCGGACAAGAUGGUGUUCUAUGAGAAGGAGAUGGUUGUGAAGCGGAAGGAAGCGUUGGAGGAACAGGGUCAGCUGGAACCCAAACUGGACGUCCUGAUCAGCAAGACAAAGGUCAUGCAGAAACAGAUGGAAGGUGAGAUAUCGAAGAAGUACAAGGAUCGAUCGGUCAACAUCAUGGGAGAGAUUAACACGAUAUGAUGGAAGCUUUACAAUGUACAAUAUGGAGGGGAACAUUGCUGUGAAUGAAUGAACAUUGGUAGAGUAUGAAUGAACACACUGAUAAUACAACAGGAAUAGUCAUGGGAUUGCUGAUCCGCUGUGCCACCUUGAUACUCACUCUGUCAUCAGUGUCAUUAAGACACCAUACAGACUUGUGAGUGAGUGAGUGAGUGAGCUUACACUGUCAUCUCUGCUUUAAGACACCAUUCAGACUUGUGAGUGAGUGAGUGAGCUUACACUGUGAUCUCUGCUUUAAGUCACUGUACAGACUUGUGAGUGAGUGAGUGAGCUUACACUGUCAUCUCUGCUUUAAGACACCAUACAGACUUGUGAGUGAGUGAGCUUACACUGUCAUCUCUGCUCUAAGACACCGUACAGACUUGUGAGUGAGUGAGCUCACACUGUCAUCUCUGCUUUAAGACACCAUACAGACUUUGCAACUUACCCAAGUUCAUUGUGCCACAAAUGUAACAUUAGGCUUCUCCUGGUCUCACUUUGGGAGGGGAAUCUUUGAUUAUGUUAAAAACUAGGUAUUCAGAGCGGUUACUCUGUCUAAGGUGUAUCACAUUCCUCAGACAUUAAGAGGGAUAGUUGGGUAGUCUAGUGGUCAAAGUGUUUGCUUGUUGUGCUGAAGACCCAGGUUGGAUUCCCUACAUGGGUGUGGAGCCCAUUUCUGGUGUCCCAACCAUGAUUUGUGGAAUAUUGCUAAUAAUGGCAUAAAACUAUACUCACUCACUCACUCACUUCACUACAGCAUUAGUAAGACAACGUCAUAUUACUGUAACACUGACUCGCUCUUAACCUUUAUUCCAUCCAUAUUUCACAGCUGACUUCUGCUUUCAUUUGUGUGCGUGAGGAAUGAACAGCAUUCAAUAUACAGGGUUCCAACUGAUCAACAUUGUGCCGCACUUGAUCUGUAUAUAUUUUGCGACAUCUUGACAGCAGAUUUGUACAGCAGGAGAUAUCAACCGAGGUUAAAACUUUAUUCACUAUGCUUCAUGACUGAAUUGUCUCUAUUGUGUGGAGCACAGGUAUUUAUACUGAUCACAAUAACUGGAGAAUCACUGAAAAAAAUAAUUAUGGUACCAAAUGUUUUUUGUUCUGGAAAUUUGUCAGAACUCUUGAAGAAUCAUGACAUUUGAUUGUGUAUACUUUUAUGAUAAUAGAAGCUGUUAUUUAUUGUUCUGUUGUAUUCAUAGUUACCUGUAAAUAAUGGAAACAAGGCAUUAAAAUAUUGAUUGAGAA